UGGCUGCGCAGCUGACUUUAGGCGUUCAGGUACUCUCUCCAGCAACGCACAGACACAAAAUGGAGCUGAAACUACCUGGCUGAGGAAAAGUACAGUUGCGCUCUUUAUUAUGCAUAAUACUAAGUUUUAUCUGUGUAUUUGAGGAGAUAAUAAGAAGCUGAGUCGACUGAGACCUCGAGGAAACGGCAUUAAAAAUGUUUUGGACGUUAAUUAUCGCCGCCUUGGUGGCAACAGAGUCCACCAUGGCUAUCUCGGUCCAGUGCCCCACCAAGAGGUACAUUGUCAUCCUCUUCCAGCCAGUCACCCUCAACUGUAACUACCAGACAACUGCCACCCAGCCUCCUGUUGUCACCUGGAGGUACAAAUCGUAUUGCCGGGAUCCCAUCCAGGCUGCAUUAAAUCCCAGCAGCGCAGAGAAUAUUUUAUCUCAGGGCAACCCCAACUAUGACCCCAACAUCGAGUGCGCCGACUCCCAGAGGACGGUGCGCAUAGUGGCCUCCAAGCAAGGCAAUGCUGUCACCCUCGGCACCGAAUACCAGGGUCGCAAGAUCAGCAUCCUAAACAACGCAGACCUGAAUAUAGCGCAGACGGCGUGGGGUGACAGCGGUGUCUACGUCUGCUCUGUGAUCUCUUCCCAGGACCUUUCAGGAAAUGGCGAAGACUACACAGAGCUAAUUGUACUGGAGAGAAAGUCAAAUACUACUGACCUCCUGCCUGGCAUUGACUUACUGGUUAUGGAAGACUGGCUACUGGUUGUGUUGGUGGUUUUUGGCUUCCUGUUGUUGCUGCUCCUGAUCGGUAUCUGCUGGUGCCAGUGUUGCCCACACACGUGUUGUUGCUAUAUCAGCUGCCCGUGCUGCCCCGACCGCUGCUGCUGCCCACGAGCAUUGUAUGAGGCAGGAAAAGCAGUGAAGAAAGGUGGUGUGCCAAUGAGUCAAUAUGCUCCCACCCUUUAUGCUCCCAGUAUGUAUGCUCAGCCAGCAUACGGUGGCUCAAUGAACCAGCCUGCUAUGCCUCUGCUUCCUCUACCCAAUGGAGCUGGACCCCCACCUCCCCAUAAUGGUUACAGUCGUGAUUAUGAUGGCGCCAGCUCUGUUGGUCAGGGCUCCCAGGUGCCUCUGCUGCAUGACCAAGACGGUGGAGGGGACCACACUCGCAGUGGGUAUCGUAUCCAGGUGGACCCUGCUGGGAACGCCACGCGUGCCAUUUACUAUAUGGAGAGGGAGCUGGCCAACAUGGACCCAUCCAGACCUGGCAACUACAACCGCUUGGAUAAUAUGACUGAAGUCAGCUCCCUGCAUGAUAGCAUGGAUGCUCGAAGCCGCGGUGGUCGUUCUCAGCCGCCACCUCUGGCCACGGUCUAUGACAGAGAUGAAGCCAUGAGCACCAUCAGCAGUGUUUCCCAGCAAGGCCGCCGCCGUGAUGACUACCCGCGUCGUGAUGGAGGGUACAUGGGGGAUCGUGUACGUGCCCGCUCCAUGGACAACCUUGACGACAUCGGACGGCGCUACGGCCGAGAUGACUCACCUUACCGGCGCCCAGACGAGCCCAGAGGCAGGAGAGGCUCUGAUGAUGGGUGGAGCAGUAGCGCCCGCAGCGGUAACAACCGCGACUUUGACGACCGCAGGCGCCGUGACUACUCCCCUGAUGAUCGUCGGAGAGGAGAUGGAGGGCGCUAUGGUGGCCUUCAGGGGAGACGCAGCCGCAGCCGUGAUGAUCUGAUGGACCUGGAGAGGGAUCGCCGGGCUGGUGGCAAUGCCAGGGGCAGGCGAGAUGAUUAUGAUGACAGCUUCCUGCGAGAAGCCAUGGAGAGGAAGAAGAUGGGCGAGCAGCAGAGGGCGCGCAGCCGGGAGCGGCUGGACAGCGAGAGCGACCGCUCAGAUCGGGGGAGGGUGCCACGUGGGCCCCCACCACUUCCCCAGAUCCCACCAUCUGGACAUCCCGGUCGCCAUGAUGGCUACCCACCUCCUCCACCUCCACCGUACAGUGAAGAUGAAAGUGUGUCAUCUUCAAAGAAAGGCAACCUUCGCAAGAACGGAGCUGUGAGUCGGGAGAGCCUAGUGGUGUAAAACCAGCCAUGACGUGAGCAACAUGUCCAACAGUGCAGCUCUGGACCAGAUGAUUUCUAAGACUGUAAAUAUUAGUCACACCGAUAACUGGCAGUGCUGAUUUUUAUACUUCUUAAUUUACAGUAAACUGACCAUGAAUUGAUACUGAAUCUUUUUGUAUACUUUUCUAAACAGGGAUGUCAUGCACCUUUCCAUGUAUAAAACAUUGUGGCUGCCACAAGUGCCUUAGCAUGUACAGAAUCCUGCUUAUAGAUGUGAAAGUCAAGGUGAUAAAUAAUUCUCUGUGAAGGUGUUAAAAUCUUGAUGAGUAAACAUGGUCCAAUUGGUUUUAAUGUUUUGUUUGUUUGUUUGUUUUUUUACUUUUAUGUAGUUUCAGUUAGCUGAUAC